GCCCCGGCGAGAAGAGCUGAGUGGGUGCCGGUGGCUGGAGCUGUUGGAGGGGUCCCUCGGUGGCGAUCGGGGCCGGCACACAGGUCACUGUUCGUUUCCUGUCCGCACGUUGCAAGGCUGUGUGUGAGUCUGGUAUAAUUUGGCCUCCCAAGAUUCUGUCUUUGCAAGAAGGAAGUGUAAAAUAAUCUUGAAAAAAAAAAACACGAAGACAAUAAGGAAGCCAGUACUUAUUUUUACAUGGUUGUCAGCUUACCUACCAAUAUGAACACUCUUCCCACCAUUUGUCCUCCUGGUGGAGACAGUGGGCUGACAGAUUCUGACCGUGCAUUACAAAAUAUGUUAAUUGAAGAAAGAGUACGAUGUGAACAACAUAAAAGUAAUUAUCAGACUCUGAAAACUGAACACAACAGGUUGCAAGAUGAGUACACAAAGUCACAAAAUGAACUCAAACGCCUGUUAAAUGAAAAGCAAACUAACCAGGAAAAAUUCCAGCUACUGUUUGAAGAACUAAGAGGGGAAUUAUUAGAGAAAACUAAAGACUUAGAAGAAAUAAAGCUACAGGUAUUAACUCCACAAAACUUGGAAUUGUUCAGAGCCCAAAUACGACAAGAAUUAGAAACUCCAAUGAGAGAGCGUUUUAGGAGUCUGGAUGAAGAAGUUGAAAAGUAUAGAGCUGAAUAUAAUAAGCUUCGCUAUGAAAAUACAUUUCUCAAGUCAGAGUUCGAACACCAGAAAGGAGAAUUUGCACGUACUUUAGAAGAAGAAAAAAUAAAAUAUGAAUCAGAGAUUGCAAGACUGGAGAAAGAUAAAGAAGAACUACGUAAUCAGCUGCUUAGUCUUGAUCCCACAAGAGAUAGCAAACGAGUGCAGCAACUUACUCGAGAAAAAGUCCAUUUGGUUCAGAAAUUAAAAGAGUUUGAGGCCGAAGUAGCCGAAUUAAGGGCUGAAAAAGAGAAUUCUGAUGCUCGGGUAGAAAAUGUCCAAAGAAUUCAGGUGCAGCAGUUGGCUGAGAUGCAGGCUACAAUCAGAUCCCUGGAGGCUGAAAAACAGUCAGUUAAACUACAUGCUGAACGCUUGGAAAAAGAGCUACAAUCAAGCAAUGAACAAAAUACUGUUUUAAUCAGUAAAUUACAUAAAGCUGAACGGGAAAUAAAUGCAUUGAGCAGUAAAGUAAAGGAACUUAAACAUUCAAACAAACUAGAAAUAACAGACAUCAAACUGGAAGCAGCAAGAGCUAAGAGUGAUCUAGAAAGAGAAAGAAAUAAGAUUCAAAGUGAAUUGGAUGGAUUACAGUCAGAUAAUGAAAUUCUCAAAUCGGCUGUUGAACAGCACAAAGUGCUCUUAGCAGAAAAGGAUCGUGAAUUAAUACGUAAAGUACAAGCUGCCAAGGAAGAAGGUUAUCAAAAACUUGUGGUAUUACAAGAUGAAAAGCUUGAACUUGAGAACAGAUUAGCGGAUUUAGAGAAAAUGAAAGUGGAAUAUGAUGUCUGGAGGCAGUCUGAAAAGGAUCAGUGUGAAGAGAAAUUGCGGGCUUCACAGAUGGCAGAAGAGUCGGCCAGAAGAGAACUUCAAAGUAUUAGGUUAAAACUUCAACAACAAAUUGUGAAUAUUGAAAAUGCAGAGAAAGAGAAAAAUGAAAAUUCUGACCUGAAACAGCAAAUCAGUAGUUUGCAGAUCCAAGUGACCUCACUUACACAGUCAGAGAAUGAAUUGCUGAAUUCAAACCAAAUACUGAAGGAAAUGGUGGAGAGGUUAAAACAGGAGUGCCGAAAUUUAAGAAGCCAAGCUGAAAAAGCACAACUAGAAGUUGAAAAGACAUUGGAAGAGAAACAGAUCCAGUGGCUGGAAGAAAAGCAAAAGCUUCAUGAACGUAUCACAGACCGAGAAGAAAAGUAUAAUCAAGCUAAAGAGAAACUGCAGCGAGCUGCAAUUGCCCAGAAAAAGAGAAAAUCUCUUCAUGAAAACAAAUUGAAGAGACUACACGAGAAAGUAGAAGUCUUGGAGGCAAAGAGAGAAGAAUUGGAAACAGAAAAUCAGGUGUUAAAUAGGCAAAAUGUUCCAUUUGAAGAAUAUACAAGGCUUCAAAAAAGACUAAAGGAUAUACAGAGAAGACAUAAUGAAUUUCGAAGUUUAAUUUUGGUUCCUAACAUACCUCCAACAACAUCCAUCAAUCCUGUUAGCUUGCAGUCAUCAACCAUAAUUCCAGGCAUGGAGCUAGCCUUUCCUCCUCAUAUGCAGGAGGAACAACAUCAAAGGGAACUCUCUCUACUUCGUAAAAGACUAGAAGAACUAGAAACAACACAAAGAAAACAACUAGAGGAACUUGGAUCACCUGGGGAAUGAUGUUUUUGGAGGAAAGGGAUGAAAUCUUGACCCAAUAAAGCUUGAAGUUUUAACAUA